AUGAGCAAGAGCCUACACAGUGCACCGAAACGUCUCCAAAGGAUGAUGAUGAAACUUCAGAAGUUUGAUGUCACAGUUACUUACCAGAAGGGUACGGAGUUAUAUGUUGCAGACUUAGGCGUGCAUACUUUACCACAGACGGGAUCAUCCAACGAUGAUGUCGACCAUGUCUUCUCUGUCAGAUUACCCACUGAAAUAGAAACUGAAGCCAUUGACAUGAAACAGUAUGUGUCAAUCUCAAACAAGUCCUUUGAGAAAAUUCAAGCUGCUACUCGUGCUGACCAUGGAAUGAAGAGACUGAUAGAACUGAUACAAAAUGGAUGGCCUGAAACGAGAAAUGGUCUUCCAAAGUCAGCCCAAGACUACUUCAAUUUCAGAGAUGAACUUUCAGUUCAAGAUGACAUCAUCUUUAAAGGUGAACGUGUUGUCAUUCCCCCAAGUAUCCGACAAUGGUAUAUUGAAAGGAUACAUUCAAAUCACAUUGGAAUCAAUGGGUGCAUUCGCAGAGCACGAGAACUUGUCUAUUGGCCAAACAUGGUGAAGGAUCUGACCGAAUACAUCAGCAAAUGUGAGAUUUGCAAGAGUGUACAGCAAGAGCAAGGUAGAGAACCACUCAUCAGCCAUGAAAUUCCAGCAAGACCAAUGGAGAAAAUCGCAUGUGAUCUCUUCGAAUUUGAUGGACGAGACUAUCUCCUUACAGUGGACUACUUUUCUGAUUUGUUCGAAUUUGAAUGUCUACGAGAAAAAAACUCUUCAGAAGUCAUUGGUAAACUCAAAGCGUUCUGUGCCAGACAUGGUAUUCCAGAUGUUAUGAUCACAGACAAUGGGCUGCCAUUCAAUUCUAAUGCUUUUGCCAGCUUUGCCCAGCA